AUGAAGCUCUGGAAGUUUCGGAUUCCGAUGGCUUUGGCAUUGCUCCCUUGGCUGAUCGUAGUGGUCGGGGCGGAAGAACGUACCAAGAAUCAAGUUUAUCACAAACUGCCGGGAACGGCAGACUACGAGCUCAUCAGUGCGUACGAAGAUCUGGUUACCAUGGUUACUAGCAACAUGCCACUGGGCUUGCAGGACCUACCGAGAAGGAUGAUCUUGUUCAGUGCUUGGUACAUUGCAUCCCGAAGCCUGCACAGCGCUUUUGCGGGUGGAGUCUGCUCGUGCCGGGGGCAGGGCCCCGAGUCCUUACAAGGCUUCAUUCGCACCAGAAUCUGCAAACUGGAUCCUGACGCUAUGGAGACCAUCAGUCCAUUCCUCUUUGGUGAAAAUGAGCCAAGUCAAGAGUUGACGCCUGCGGAGCUUUGGGGCCAUGUGGCCAAGAGAUCUUUAUACCUUGCCGAGAUCGGUCGAACUUACGCAGGUGUCACGGCAGAUGCCGCUUUUCAAGCCUCUCUGAUUUCUUUGGCGCACCUCGCCGCUUCGCUGCCUGAGUUGGGCACGAGCUGGAUGAGUGGAAGGCCGCCCAGACUCGUGUUGCCCCACUGCAGCUCGGAUGACUUCGAAGACGCCUUCUGGUGGGAAGGAGUGUCUUCUCACAACAGCGAGCACUGGCUCCUUGCGCUCUUGGACAAGCUUGGUGAGAGCUCGCACCUGGCGGUGGCCUUGCAAUCAUCUCCAAGUGUUCGACUUGCCGAGGAAGGAUGCACAGUGAAUCCAAACAUGCUUCUACUGCAAGAUCCAGUCCAGUGUUUGCUAGAUUCCGGUGGCUGGGAUGCCGUGCUCAUGGUGGAUGGCUUGGACAACUUCUCGGCUGUAAGCGCCGAACAGGGCCGUAUAUCGGGGACUGCCGUGAAUGAAACCUUCCGCUUAGACUGGGACAAGGAGGGCAAAGUGACAAGUUUCAAGUUCGGGAAAAUAGUACGGAAUCCAAGGCGUGGCGGCCGGGCUUCGAUGCUCCCAAGAACGGCUGACAUUUUGGUGGUUUCGCCUCAGGCUGGAAAUUGCUUUGAUGCGGCCGAGAUGAUUCCUCCCGUGCGAAGCAGUGUUCGCCUCGUCAUUCUCUCCAUCAACCCCCUCUACGCUCCUCCGACACGUGUCAUGCCAAACUUCGAGGAGACCUUGCCACAGCGGAAAGGCUUGGCGGAUCUCAAGCCCACUGACAGACACAAACUGCAACGGCUCCUCUUCCUGACACAGUGCUCCCUUCAAAGUGCGGUAGACCUAAUGGCACCACGCUUUGUCCUGCUGUUCGUGGACGGAGCUCGAGCUGUUUUUGCUGAGAAGUCUAUCGUGGGCCACUACUGCACCCCGAUCCAGAGCGGAGAAGCUUGUGCCCCUCUAGAAUUGCUUUGGCACCGCGGGGCAAGCUGCGCACCGGCGAUAUUGCAGCUGAUUCCAACGGAGAGGGAGGAGCAAUUGAAAGAGGCGGAGUUCCUGGCCGAGUCCACUUGGCCUUGCGAGGACUACGUCGCCAUGGACUUGCCGGAAGUUUCUCUGGAUAUGUUGGAGAAGCCGCAGUUCCUGAACAAGGACUUCUACGUCGACGGCAUGCCGCAGUGCCGCACGGCGACCUCACACCAGGUAUUUGAACCGGCAUCCUGGCCACAUACGCCGGGUCGCUGGGCGCUUACGACCUGGGGCCUGGGGUUGUAA